AUGGCAAGCGACUCCAAUCAACCACUAGAAACAAUCUACAUAAACAAUCUUAAUGAUAGGGUCUCGCUCACCAAACUUAAAUCUGAAUUGGAGCUGCUCUUCACAAGCUACGGCAAGAUCCUCCAAAUAACAGCACACAGGAACCUCAAAAUGAAAGGACAAGCAUUCAUAACGUUCGAAUCAAAGGUGUCGUCAACGAAAGCUAUGGAUUUGCAGAAUCACAUUCUUUUCAAUAAACCCAUGCACAUCACUUAUGCCAAGGGUAAUUCCGACGCAUAUUACGAGCUUCACAACGAGGUAGACAAGAUUGAACAACGAAAACUGGAAAAGGAGAGACAGAACCUCAAAAGGAAAUCAACCCCAGCUGGUGGCAAGCAAAAGAAGAAGAAGGUCAAAUCCGAAGACUGGAAGAGCUUGCCUCCUAAUAAAUUAUUACUUAUUCAGCGCUUGGAUGAUGAUGAGCAAUUGACAAGUUACUUUGAACAAUUUGAAGGGUUCUCCAAUGUGAGACUAGUCAAGGUGAGGAAGUUGGCAUUCAUAGAGUUUGAUAAUGUUGAAAGUUCAACCAAGUGCUUGAAGCUGAUCAAGACUGAAGAAUUGCAGGAGAAAUUCGGUAGUGAGGUAAUACUAUCUUUUGCCAAGAAGUAG